AUGACACUUGACGAGAUUAAAAAAGCAACCCAUAACGAUCCAGUAUUACAAAAAGUUAAGAAAUGUCUGAAAGAGGGAAAAUGGGAUGAGAACAAUCCUGAUCUUAAACCGUUUAGACUUUGCGCCGACGAACUUACGUACAAUGCAUCAGCAGGUAUACUGUUGAAGAACACACGGCUGGUCAUUCCAACAACAUUACAAGAAAGAGCAACAAAAUUAGGUCAUAUCGGGCAUCAGGAAAUUGAGAAAACGAAAAGCCUACUACGCGAAAAGAUCUGGUACCCAAAUAUGGACAAACGAGUGAAAGAAAUGGUAGACAAAUGCAUUCCUUGCCAAGCAGUAGGUCACGGUAAUAACCCGGAGCCAAUGAAAAUAACACCAACCGAAGACAAACCAUGGACUAGUGUAGCAAUCGACUUCUAUGGUCCAGUACCCCGAACUGGUCAAUACCUGCUAGUGGUUAUCGAUACCUACUCAAAAUUCCCAGAGGUAGAAAUAGUUAACUCAACCGAAGCAAAAACUUGCAUACCAAAAUUAGAUACGAUAUUUGCCAGAUAUGGAAUACCAUCAAAAAUAAAAACUGACAAUGGACCCCCAUUUAAUGGGAAAGAAUUUGAAACAUACACUAAAACCCUUGGUAUUGAAUGGAAAACAAUUACACCACUAUGGCCUCAGGGUAAUGCCGUCGUAGAAAGAUUUAUGAAACCAAUCGGAAAACUUUUGAGAACAGCUGAUAUUGAAGGAAAGAAUUGGAAGCAAGAAAUGCAAAGGUUUCUACUUCAAUACCGUUCAACUCCUCAUCAAACUACUAAAGUAGCUCCGUGUGAACUACUUUUUAACAGACAAAUUCGGGGAUACUUACCAGAACUCACAAGAAAAAAAGUAGUUAAUAGACACAAGAGGGCGAAGCAGAACUUGGAGCAGAAGAAAGAAGAGAACAAAGAGUACUACGACCGAAACAAAAGAACAAAGGAAGCUGGGAUCAAAAAGGGUGACAUCGUCAUUUGCAAACAGAAGAAGAACAAUAAGUUAACAUCAAAGUUUGACCCAGAACAUUAUACGGUAGUACAACGUAAGUACAACACCAUCAUAGCUAAAAGAGAUGGUAAGACGGUGACAAGAAACGUUUCACACUUUAAGAAGGUAGUAAUGGAGGAAAGCGAGGAGGAGCAGGAAGAUACAGCACCGGGAAGAUCGACGGAAACAGAAGAAUCACCAAAGCAAGAACCAAGUGUAAGGAGAUCAACAAGAAUGAAAAGACCGGUAAUACGAUAUCAGUACCAGAUUUGA